UGCGCAUCUCUCCCUCUUUUCGGAGCACCUUCAGUCCCGCACACCUUCUCUCGCUUCCACAUUAGCCUUUCUCGUACCAUUGUGGCUGUUUCUCUGUCGUUUCGCGACCGCGUCGCGCAUCCCAUUCCCUCUCCAUGCGCUCGACGUCAACGUCCCUCCCCCGCCAGGAGCUGGCGAACGAACAUCCCCCUCGCGCAUAACCCCUCGACCAAGAGAGCGAUCUGUAACAACUAAAGUUCUCGUGAAAAGUUGAGCCGGGCGCUCUCCUACGCCCUCCUGCUAUAAUAGCCGCUCGCGCUGGUCUCUCUACCGACCAUCGUCGUCGUCUCUCGCGCUGCUCCCGUCUCUGUCCAUCUGUCCCACAUUCCGUCAAGUAAAGAGAGAGAAGGAGCGGGACAGACAUACGCGGAUAAAGGGAGGGAGCGGGAGAGGGAGAGAGACAGAGAGAGAGAGAGAGGGAGAAAGAGAGAGAGAGGGACAGAGGGAAAGAGAGAAAGAGAGAGAGUGUGUGUGUGUAUAUAUAUGUGUGUGAGAAAGAGAGAAGGAGAAAGGAAAGAGGGAGCAAGACAGGGCAAGCGCGAGGGAACGAGACGGAGGGAGAAAGAGAAGAGCCACGCCGGUGGACGACUCCGGUGGAUUAGGGAAUAGAAUAGUCAUUAUCGUGUAUACAUCCGUAUUCUACGAGCUAUCGGUCGCGCUCGUUCGGUGAGUCGGUCGUCGGUGGAGUGGCGAAACGCCGUGGCGAAGCGCCGGUUUCAGUGGUGUGCGCGGUGUCGAGAGAUCGAACGACCUAGCCCGUCUCUUUUCUGACAUUGGGAGCGCGCCGGCGAGAGUAUUACGCGCCGGGCCACGGUGUGUGUUGGAGUGCGAAUUCGGGGGCUUCGCCUGGAUUAUCGGGCUCAAGACGAGGAAUAUCGACGCGGGAGCAGCGGGUGCCGGUAAUUACAAGUGCUCGCGGAUAAAACGUAUAAUUUGGACGUCGAGGACGUCUCUUUAGGGAGACCGCGGCGGGAGGGUGGUCGUGCUGGGGGCCGAGGGGGUGGUGAUGUGGCCGAACAGCCUUGGAGGUACUUCCGGCUGCAGCGGGGGCGCCGGCGCCGCCGAUCUCGGGGGCCUCGCCGCCUCCACCACCUCGGCCUCCGAACUCUUUGGGCCUGCGGCUUUCGGCGCGUCCGCCGCUGGGCCCUAUGGCGCUCUCAAGACAGCGCCCUACAUGGGUCUCAGCAUGCCGAUCGAUGCGUUACAUUCCACCAUCGGUUAUCCCGGUUGUACCUCCGCCGGUGAGUCCGUCUACUGUAAUCCAAGAAAGCAACGGCGGGAGAGGACAACAUUCACACGAUCGCAAUUGGAUGUACUAGAGGGACUUUUUUCAAGAACAAAAUACCCUGACAUUUUUAUGCGUGAGGAAGUGGCUAUGAAAAUCAAUUUACCGGAAUCAAGAGUGCAGGUAUGGUUCAAAAAUCGGAGAGCUAAAUGCCGACAGCAGCAGAAGCAGCAGCAACAACAACAAGAUAAGGCGCCGAGAUCAAAAAAGCCCUCGGGGAGCCCGGCUAAUAAUCCACCUCCUGGAAAAAGCCCUUCAAUUACCACUCCGCCUACGCCCGCCGCCGCAGUACCUGCUACUACGCCCUUGAGCGGAGGCACUGGUGGCUCAGCGGCAAGUUCGCCGGCGCUUUUAAGGGACUCGCCGCAGUAUAAGCCUGCGGGAAAUGCUAGUUUGCUGUUAGCAGCUAGCACGACUCCACCAAGCUUAGGCGGCACAGUGUACAGCAGCGGCGGUGGUAGCAGUAGCAUCUGGAGUCCAGCGGUAACGGAAAGUGGCGGAGCAUUUCCAGGUGACCAUCAAAGGUUAACGUGGACGACAACCCCUUCCCAGCAGCAAUGCUACCAAAAUUAUUCGUCCUACUAUACCAAUAUGGAUUACCUCUCGCCCGCCUCGCAUCAGUUAAACGUGGACAACGGAGGUAGCGGCCUUGAUAAUUCAUGGAGCAAAACGAGAGACGAAGGUACUUCAUCUUGGUUUUACAAUAGCGCCGGAUGGGGCGAACGUAAGUGAACCUACGAGGAUCGAAGAACGAAGAAGCCUGAGUACAUAUCAUCGACAAUAGUGAAGUUAUACGGCUUGAAUCGAAGUUUAUUGUAACGCGAUGCCAAAUAAAACGAGGAAGUUCUACUUCCGAUAAAUGUCGA